AUGGUGGGAUUGAACUGGCAUCUCGACUUGACCGCUGGUCAGCACAGUAUCGAGGGAGUAGGAAAGGGCAAGGGGAAGACAGGACAGGUCAGGACCGGGAGGACAGGGGAUAUACCACAGAUCAGGACAGGGAGGACAGGACAGAUCAGGACAGGGAGGACAGGACAGAUCAGGACAGGGAGGACAGGAAGGACAGGACAGGGAGGACAGGACAGAUCAGGACAGGAAGGACAGAACAGAUCAGGACAGGACAGAUCAGGACAGGGAGGACAGGACAGAUCAGGACAGGGAGAACAGGACAGAUCAGGACAGGGAGGACAGGACAGAUCAGUACAGGACAGAUCAGGACAGGGACAACAGGACAGAUCAGGACACGACAGAUCAGGACAGGGAGGACAGGACUUAUCAGGAGAGGGAGAACAGGACAGGGAGGACAGGACAGAUCAGGACAGGGAGGACAGGACAGAUCAGGACAGGGAGGACAGGACUGAUCAGGACAGGGAGGACAGGACUGAUCAGGACAGGACAGAUCAGGACAGGGAGGACAGGACUGAUCAGGACAGGGAGGACAGGACUGAUCAGGACAGGACAGAUCAGGACAGGGAGGACAGGACUGAUCAGGACAGGGAGGACAGGACUGAUCAGGACAGGACAGAUCAGGAUAGGGAGGACAGGACAGAUCAGGACAGGGAGGACAGGACAGAUCAGGACAGGGAGAACAGAACAGAUCAGGACAGGAAGGACUGGACAGAUCAGGACAGGGAGGACAGGAUAGCGAGGACAGGGGAUAUAGGACAGAUCAGGACAUUGAGGUCAGGACAGAUCAGGACAGGGACGACAGGACAGGGAGGACUGGACAGAUCAGGACAGGGAGGACAGGACAGAUCAGGACAGGGAGGACAGAACAAAUCAGGACAGGGAGAACAGGACAGAUCAGGACAGGGAGGACAGAACAGAUCAGGACAGGGACGACAGGACAGGGAGGACAGAACAGAUCAGGACAGGGAGGACAGGACUGAUCAGGACAGGGAGAACAGGACAGAUCAGGAUGGGGAGAACAGGCCAGAUCAGGACAGGCAAGACAAGGAGGACAGGACAGAUCAGGACAGGCAGGACAGGACAGAUCAGGACAGGGAGAACAGGACAGAUCAGGACAGGGAGAACAGGACAGAUCAGGACAGGGAGGACAGGACUGAUCAGGACAGGGAGAACAGGACAGAUCAGGACAGGGAGGACAGGACAGAUCAGGAUAGGGAGAACAGGACAGAUCAGGACAGGGAGGACAGAACAGAUCAGGACAGGGACAACAGGACAGAUCAGGAUAGGGAGAACAGGCCAGAUCAGGAUAGGGAGAACAGGCCAGAUCAGGACAGGCAAGACAAGGAGGACAGGACAGAUCAGGACAGGCAGGACAGGACAGAUCAGGACAGAUCAGGACAGGGAGAACAGGACAGAUCAGGACAGGGAGAACAGGACAGAUCAGGACAGGACAGAUCAGGACAGGCAGGACAGGACAGAUCAGGACAGGCAGGACAGGACGGCGAGGACAGGGGAUAUAGGGCAGAUCAGAACAGGACAGAUCAGGACAGGGAGGACAGGACAGAUCAGGACAGAGAGGACAGGGCAAAUCAGGAUAGGGAGGACAGGACAGAUCAGGACAGGGAGGAUAGGACAGAUCAGGACAGGGAGGACAGGGCAGAUCACGACAGGGAGAACAGGACAGAUCAGGACAGGACAGAUCAGGACAGGCAGGACAGGACAGAUCAGGACAGGCAGGACAGGACAGCGAGGACAGGGGAUAUAGGGCAGAUCAGAACAGGGCAGAUCAGGAUAUGUAGGACAGGACAGAUCACGAGAGAGAGGACAGGACAGGGAGGACAGGACAGAUCAGGACAGGGAGGACAGGGCAGAUCAGGACAGAGGAUACAGGACAGAUCAGGACAGGGGAUACAGACAGAUUAG